UGCAUUUGUUUAUGUGCACAAUGAACAAGAAAGUUGUUAUUAAUAAACGCGUGAAGGGCUUGUCCCGUGAGGCGCUCGAUCAGCUGAGCAAAACGGAAUUAAUUGACAAAAUUGUGCAGCUAGAGGCGUACAAUUUUCAGCUCAAAAACCUUUUACAAAAGAAACUAACCGAGAGCGACAAAAACAAUUGUGAGUACGCAGCUCUACUGCGUACAGAUGAUGAGUACGAAUUAAAGCAGAAGGACACCGAGAAAGAUACAUCGGGAAAGAAAGACAAGCAACGUAAGUUUAAUUGGGACAGUGCACACAGGCGGCAUGUGCUGAUUAAAGUAAUGUAUUUCGGCUGGGAUUACCAGGGCUUUGCGUGUCAGGAGGAUUCAAUGGAUACGAUUGAAGCGUAUUUGUUUCGUGCAUUGAUACGUACCUGCCUGAUCGAAUCGCGUGCCACUUCAAACUAUCAUCGAUGCGGACGUACCGACAAGGAGGUGAGCGCCUUCUGCCAAGUGAUAUCCAUUGAUUUGCGUAGCAAGCAUGCGCCUGAUGUCCAAAUGAAGCCUGAGGCGCUCAGCUCUGAAAUUGAUUACUGCAGCCUGCUGAAUCGCGUAUUGCCCAAAAACAUUCAGUGCGUCUCCUGGAUGCCCCUGCGAAAUCCCGCAUAUAGCGCACGAUUCGACUGUAUUUCACGCACUUACCGAUACUACUUUCCAAAAGGGGAUCUGGAUAUUGAGGCCAUGCGCAUUGCCUGCCAAUCACUUGUGUGCCAUGGAGAUUUUAGGAAUUUCUGUAAAAUGGACGUGCACAAUGGCGUAACGAAUUACAUGCGCAAUUUACAGGGAGCCGCAAUAAAGCCAUGUGAUAAUACUGAAAUGCAAAUGCAUUCAAAUUCUGGCUACGCAAUGUACUACUUGGAGAUACAAGGCAAUGCUUUCCUGUGGCAUCAGAUACGCUGCAUCAUGGCUGUGCUGCUGCUGGUUGGGCAGAAGCAUGAGCAGCCGUGCGUCAUCAGUAAAUUGCUAGAUGUCGUCAGCAAUCCUUGUAAGCCACAGUACACGCCAGCGAUUGGCUUGCCAUUGAACCUAUUUCGCUGUGAAUUUCGGGCACAAUCCACACGUCAAGUAAAUCCGUCAGCGUCAUCCUCAGCUGCUAUUGAUGACCUUGAUGAUGACGUGGAUCUCGCCGCCGUAAAGCCUGAAAACGUCGAGGGUACUGAAAGUGAUCUAACCGAUUGGGUUUACAGUGAGGAGAAUCUACAAAAGCUCAUCGAGAACGUGCAGUGCGAGUGGACUCAGUUCAGCGUCAAGUGCACCAUGAUACGCAACGUACUGCUGCAACUGGAGGACCUCCUUGAACGCAACUACAAGGCACAACAGAUCCAAGCACAAGCAAUAUUGUUGCAGGAUGCGGUCAAGCCGCGUCAGUAUCAGCCGCUUCUGCAGCGCAAGCGAUGUGAGAGCCUGGAAAAUCGAAUUGAGCAUUUUGUAAAAAAACAACGACUGCUUCUAACAAGCGAGGCAGGAACGGAGACGGUUUUGAGUAAACCGGAUGGUUAAAAAUGUAAUCAAGUAUUUGGUAGAGGUUAAUAGUAUCUGUCAAAACAUUUAUAUUUAAAAUACAACCAAUAUCUUGAAAUCUAUGCGA